UUAUCUUCAUCAUUGUAUUUUUAAUCGGAUCCCCACAUGAAAGAGAAGAGUGAAUUAUUUAGCAGUUUUGUGAUGGAAGAAUGAAUCAAUGUUAAAAUGAAAUGCUCUUCACCAAGAGCUGCAGGAGGGUUGUAUGUUCAGAUAGCUGCAAGUUCCAGCUGGGUAACUGAUCUCUUCCUCCAGAGCCCACGGAACUCUGAAGUCACAGAGUCGUAUAGUCAAACUGUGGACAGACAGACAGAAUUUCAAAGAUUCAAAACAGAGAAAGGCAGACAAGAGAAGAAACAAUACCGAAAUUCUAAUACUUGUGCUGAUGAACAAUCCCAAGGAGAAUCUCCAAAUGGAAGCAAAACCACAGCUAAUUCUUUAAUCAAAUCUGAAAAGCGAAAGAGAAUAGUUAUACAAUUUAAAUCCAAAGAAGCUAAACAUGGAAAAAGUACAGGCACUGCUGAUGUAGUGACAACUAGCAGGGAAGAUCAUAACAAAGGUCCUUUUGAUGGUAAAGAAAGAAAAAGACACUGUCAUAGCUUUGUGGUUCAGAGAGACAAGGUGGUGAAGAAAAACAAAGUUGAACUCUGUAAGCCAAAGGUAAAAGUUGAACAAACUGUGUUGGGACAACUGAAGUCAUCUGUGUAUAAUUUAUAUGUACCUCAUAAAAAGGCAGACAGAUCUAGAAAAACGAGUGAAGAUGUCAGAAUUCAAAAAAUUCAAAAAAAGCCACCUAGCACAGUCUCUACAGAGACGGCGUGUCGUGAUAGACCUGUCAGUAAGAAGUCAAAUAUGUUAUCUAGGACUUGUGAAGAAAAGUAUAAAGAAGAAUAUAAGGAGUUUUCUAAGAAAAAUCAACAUGCUGACAAGCAUACAUCACACUGCUCAACUGAAACACUGCAGCAAUGGGACUGUUGUAAAUGGAAAAAACAGGAUGCUGAUCGAGUUAGUUGUAAUUCAGGGACUGAAAAAGGGGACUUUGAAGCCACCGCAUUUUGUUUUAAGCAGGGCUUUCCAUCCCCUCAAAGCAGUGCAACCUUUCCAUUGCCUCAAGGCUGUGAAUACCCAGAAGGCGACCAAGAGAUGCAGAUAGUUGAGGAUUUGCAUGUUGCUCGUAUUGAAAAGAGGAUGGCCCAAUCUGUAGUACAGACCUGUGGAGAACUGACAAGUAUGGAAAUAGAUCUUCCAGAACAGGAUUUAAAUAUUUAUGCUGAGACUUCUUCCGGUCUGAACAUACUAGUGGUGAUUGACACAAAUAUAAUGAUUAGUCACCUUGAGUUUGUCAAGUCCCUGAAAUCUGAGGAUAUACCAGGGAUUGGCAAACUUGCCUUGAUAAUUCCCUGGGUUGUUUUGCAAGAGUUGGACAACUUGAAGAAGGGGAAGAUGUUAGUGCAUGUUCGACAAAAGGCUGUUCCUGCAGUCCAGUUCAUCUAUGCGUCUCUCAAAAAUCAGGAUCCAAAACUGUGGGGGCAAUCCAUGCAACUUGCUUCACAAAAAAUAUAUGGCCUGUGUGAUGAGAACAACGAUGAUCGUGUGUUACAGUGUUGUCUGCAGUACCAGAGCCUCUUUCCUCAAGCUGUUGUUAUACUGUGCACAGAUGACAAAAAUUUAUGCAAUAAAGCCAUUGUAUGUGAGGUCAAGGCACUCUGUAAAGUGGAUUUGGUUACUGCUCUGCUGAACCUGAAUGUUAACAAGCAUCUGAACUGCCUGGAACUGCAGCAGUCGAAAUGUGAUAGAGAAUUCCAGAAAACAAAAGAAAGUGAUGCUCAUCUUACUUUCCAGAAAACAGAAAGAAGUGAUACUCAUCUUACUUCUCAAUUUCCGAAUAUAAUUCCAGAUCUUGAAAAGAACUUAGGAGAAGCUUUAUCUUGUAUUUUGGAGACUGAAAUGAAAAUUGUAUUUGGAAACCUAUGGAUGGAGAUACUAUAUUUAAAGCCACCAUGGACGUUAGCAAACUUACUGCAGUGCUACAAAAAGCACUGGGUGGCUGUUUUUGGUUAUGUUGUGCCAAGGAGCUUACUUGCAACUAUUGAAUUUCUCUAUAAACACUUUUGUACAGGUAAAACACUGGACACCUCAACAGCUGUUGUCUUGCUCCAGGAAACCAAGAAAUUACUGCAUGCUUUCAGUUUGAGGUCUGAUUAUGAUGGAGUGCUGCCCCGGGCUUAUGAGAAAGUGAAUAAGCUAUACCAAACAUGUACAGAGGCGAGAUCAGGCAGUGAGCAGAAUUCAUCUGAAGACAGCAUGAUUCUUUCAAAAAGUUCUCUGUGCGAAAGAAUGGAAGAAACAAUACCAAAUCUCCAAAACUGUGGAGAAAAAGGGCUGCCUGCAAGCAUGCACGUUGCUCAAGAAGACAGGCACCAAGAGAUCUGGUCAGUCCUUGAGGGUGUAUGGAAUACAAUGAAUUUGUACAGGCUUGAAAUUUUCCAGAAGUUAGAGUCCAACACAGUAAUUGCAAAGUCUUCAUUCGAAGAAGCUUUUUCGGGACUGCAGAAACUGUUAGCAGCUGUGAAUUAUAUCCUUGAAGGAAUUCAUAGCAGUGAAGUUUAACCAGCAGCAGGAACAGCUACAGAAGAAUGCUUCAAGUUCUCUCGACUGUGCAGCUCUCUCCAUUUCCUGCUCAUGUCCUGUAAAGGGUACUUAUGGGAACUGCUUUGCAAUUGUGAUUGAAGUUACAGAUACUGCUGUAAGCAUCCUUAAUGGAGGUGUUUCUGACACUUUUUCUUUUCUCUUACUGGAAGCAACCUAUCUUCUAUAUUUCCCCUUGUGGAAGAACUCUAAAAUAACAAGGUCUGCCAUUAUGUCAGAGACAUCUGUUUUUCAGAAAAUGUGCCUUUUGAUUAAAAAAGUGCUUGAGGCAAACAGGACUCAGGUCCUUUGUUGAAAUGAAGAAUCUAUUUUCUGUUUCACGUGAUUAUGCUGAAACUCAGUAACAUUUAUGAAAUAAUUCUGAAAUACUCUUAAAUUUUUCUACUACUAAACUACAGUAUUAUUACUAUACUACUAUUAUUAGUUCUGUAAAUAAAAGUGGUUUUCUUAAAGUGUUUCAAUUUGAAAAGCUUGCUGUGAAUUUGUCUCUGGAGUUGCAGUAGGGGGCGUCGUGGGUCAGGAAAUUCAGGAGCAGUAAAACGUGUCUGUUUUCAUCUUAGUGUGAGGUUUCUGAGUAGGUUUUCCAGCUGGAGUCAGCAGCUGUGCUUUUAGGUCACUGCAGUUACAUGUGUAACAUACAGAACACAUACAUGGUAUAUAUUUAUAACUGGAUAUCAAAACAGAAAAUUGAAGUUUGUGAAAGUGAGGAGGCUCAUUUUACCAGAGUAUCUCAAUGCUUCUGAGGCUGAAUUUAACGUGUAUAUAUUUUCUUUUUUUUUUUUUUUUAAAUAGUAUUUUACAGCAAUUGGUGUGAUUACAGAAAAUGAAGCAUCUGGAGAAAAAGUAGUGAAAAAGUUUUAACUUGAAAAUUUGGAGACAGUAAAGGUUUAGUGACAAAUCAUGGUAGCUUCUGUUCCUUGCUAUCUAAAACAAAUAAGAAAAAAACUCUUGUGAAAGUUUGGAAUAUUUAAAAAUAAGUUGUGUUGAAAGUGCAGCUGCAUUAGAAGUUCAGGCUUUGUAGUUGUUAAAAACAGUUAGAAAAACACAGUUGCUCUUCUUGAGAUAAGUGUGUGAUUGUCCACUUCCUCAUAAACAAACAGAUUCUGCAACACUGCUGUGUCUGUUCAGACCUCCUAACCUGAACAUGCUUGUGACAAAUACAGAUAUUAUGAAAAACAGGCUGCUUCUUGGGAGAAUUCUCACCAACAGCUCUGUGCAUCUUACCCUGCCCUCGAGACUUCCGUCAUGCAGUACAGACUUUUAUCGUUGUUUCUUCCUACAGUGACAUUGAUAGCAGAACAGAAAUGACAUGGCAAUGUGCUGUAUGCCAUAGAUGUUGGGCAGUGUUACAGUAAAGGCAAUAACUAGUACGGCUAGCAUCUGUAUGUAACCUCCCUGUUGGCAGCAGGGCUCCGUGCAAACAAAACAUUACUUCAUAGUUGUCUCAGAUGUGGCUGAUCAUGGGAGCUCCUGUUCUAUCACUGUCUUCUUGAAAUUUACUGAUGAAAAAGUGAGCACAAAUGGCUCCUUUCCCCUUUACAUAGAGAAGAGCAUGGUACGUGCUCGUGUGUAUAACAUGGAUUCACAACAGAGAAAGAUGAUUAAAUCUCCAAAGUUUGUACGUCUACUUGUGAAGCCAUGAAAUGUUUCUCAGGUGUGCAGUAUUACCGAAACUCAGCACCUCAUCCAUUGCUCUCAGCGUUUUGGAGAUUACCCGAGUGCUUCUCUGGAUGCUUUAAAGCAAGUGUACUACGUUAUUUAUAAAAUGCCAAAGGUGGGAAGAGUAGGAAGAAAAAUCUGUUGGCAGUCUUCACUUUAUUCCAAAGCAGUGAUAUUGGUCCGCAAGUCGUUUUAUAUAACUGAAGUAUAUAAAUUGUUUUUAAUUGCUUUGAGCAGUAUUUCUGCAUCUUUUCAGCGAUGACUUACGCUAGUAUUGUAUUGAGUAUUGUUAGUUGUGUUAGAUAUUAUUUUGAACUAGUUUACAAAGGGCCCAUUGUGGGUCCUGAUCCUUGAAAUAUUUUUUGGUUUUCAAGUAGCUCUUUGAACAACAGAAGAAUUUAUGCAACUCAUGGUUUCCAAGUUUGUGCCAAUUUUUUCAUCACUUUAAAAGUUCUUCCACUGAUCCCACUGAAAAGUAUUUGGGCCUUUCACGUUUGGAGGGAAGAAAAGUUUAACUAUUUAUCACAGAUGAUUAGUUCUUCAGAAAUUCUGUUUGAAGAAAUGCAGAAUGCAUCACAAGAAAUGGCUGCUGGGGUGUACGUACUGGAAUUCCCUCCUCUCUACGCAUUGAGGAUGUGUUUAACUUUUCACCUGUUGAAGUUGAGGUGUGUGCCAGUAGAGGACUGGAAGUGCUUGUAGCCUUUUAUGGCUAGUCUUCUGAAAUAUCUUCUUAUGUCUUGUUGGUCUUGCUUUAACAUAGUGAUUGGAAUGCUAGAAACAGCUUUCUUAACCUUUUGAAAGCUUUAUUGGCAGCAUUUAAGUGUGUCUGAAAGUGUUUGUGUAAACCAAGUUUCAUUCGACAGAGGGUAAAUUCUGAUUCGAGGGUCUGCAUGCCCCACUGGGGAGUUUGACAUGGAACCUUACUGUGUUGUGGUUCCCGACCAAGUUCAUUUAGAUGUGAAACCCUUUUCAAAAUCAGAAGUGUGUUUUGUCUUCGGUGAAUCUAUGUAGUUCUUUCUAGUUGGUUGGUGUUUUUUUAAGCUGUACACUAAGAAAAAAAAAAUACUUUGUUCACAUGUCAACUUCAAAAUUGCUCACAAAAAAUGGCUUAUAGCAAGUACUGUUAGCUACAGAACUCAGACAUUUGUACCAAUGCAGUGCAAGGUAUGCAGGUAUCUGUUACCUACUGCAGGAAGUAACCUGAAUUCUGUAGUAGAGUGGAAUUUAUAAUAUGUUUACAAUUCGGAAAGCACUGGUUUAUUAAUUUCUCAUCUAAACUUUUUAAAGUGUAAUUUUUUAGAGGUCUUCUCAGAAAGGCAGUGCAGUGUUACCGUAUCCGAUGUUAUCUUUGAGUUGGAUGUUUUGCAGUUAACUAACUUAAAAACAGUCCUAUUGAUUUGAAAACAGUUCAGCAGAUGCAGAGAAACUGGUUCCUUGGCCUUUCGUAGGGAAUUGAGAUGUCUUUUUCUUGAUGCAUAGUUAGUAAAUUCUUUCUUCCCUGAGACUGCUAAGAUAUUUAGUUAUUUUCAUCGGAAGUCUCUACGUUCAGAGCUUUACUUUCAGUCUUUCUCUUUAUGCCAUCUCCUUCUGGAAGUAAAACAGAGAGAAAAUCCCAUUUGAAAAUACACUAGCACUAGUCAUUUGUUGGUUUUGUUAUUAUUAUUAAUUUAUGUGAAACCCAAGACAUUCUUGACGACCGAAGAGAAGCUGUUAAAUUGCUUGUUGUUCCUUACUACAGCAGUGUAAUGAGGAAUUGCUGAGUUACCAAGAUUUUGGGUGGCACAGAAGUUUUGUGUUUCCAUUUCUAAUUCCUUGUUGCCUUUCUGAUCUUCUGACAUGGAAGUUAACCAGGGCCUCACAGGGUUAAGCCAGGCAUGUCCUGGCGUUCAACUGCAUGUGGUUUAGCCCAGCCCAUACGGUGGCACCGCUGCCGUGCAAGGUGCAACAUCAUGGCAGCAGCUCAUCGUCUGCAGUUUCCACUGUCUGAACUGGAACCAGGGUACAGGGAGGGUGGAGUGGAGUGCUGACCCAAGUUGUGGCAAACAGUUUCAUGCAUUUUGAUACACUAGCUAGAGAUGGUCCUGUGAACAGUGAAAAAUCUGCAGCCUUGCUUUGUGUUUUGAUAAAGGAAUUUGAGAUUUCAAGAGCGCUGAAAAAAUCAUCAAUUUUUUUAUACAUUUGUGAGUCCAUUUUCAGUUGGCAUAAAAACAUUGCUUGCCAAUUUUUGAAUGCAGUGUAUAGAGUAGCAGUCAGAUAUUCGAAUCUGAUGAUAUAAUCUGAUGAUAUCUCCGUACCAGACUGCUGUGGUUUGACCUGGAGGUUGCUGAACACCAUACAGUCAUUCCGUCCCUCCUCCUCUUUCCAGAGGGAUGGAGGAGAGAACUUGGGGAAAAACAAAAAUAGAACUCAUGGAUUGAGAUAAAAGUAAGAGAAAAGAAAAAGGAUAAUAGUUGUGAAUGUAUACAAGGAGCUAAGCAGUAGCAAUUGCUCACCACCCACCAACCAGUGCCCAGCUAGCCCCCAGCCACUGGAAUAGAGCAAGAAGAACUCCCAACCCCCUCAAAACUCUCCUUCCGUGUGUGUCGUAUGACACGGGAUGUCCCUCUGGCCAGUUUAAGUCAGUUGUCCUAAUUUGUCCCCUCCCAGCACUUUGUUAGCAUGAGAUGGGAAACUGGAAUGAUCUUGGCUCUGUGCAACACUGCUUAGCAGUAACUGCACACACCAGUGUUCUCAACACUGUUUUUUUUCCUAAAACCAAAAUCAUACCAGGCAGCAUACCAGGCACUCUGAAGAAAACAAUUCUGUCCCAGCUGAAACUAAGACAGAGACUUUUAUAACACCUCUCUUACCAGAGCACAGAGCAAACAAAGGCAAUGGCAGAGUCCUUAUUUGAGAAAUAGGUGCUAUAGGAAAAGAUACCAAAGAGAAAUUAAUGAACUCCUCUCAGUAGCAGUUUGGAGACAGGGGCAAGCUGAGGAAUGCGGCCUUCCCCAUUCCUAUUACAGACACGGGAGGAAAGGGCUGGGGAAGGGGGGAGGGGUAUGUGUGCAGGCUCAGGCUGUGCUCCCGGAAGCAUCGCUGAGAUAGAAAGGUGUCUGCAGCCCCCCCCAGCCACAUCCUCACCUAUUGCUUGGGGGCUGUGACCUUGGAAUUCCACUGCACCAGAGAAUAAUACCCCACACUUCACUAUCUGGUAUGAUUUGUGUCAUCACUUUUUGCUGUAAUGUGUGCUUGCAAACAGUUAUUGUCAAGGAUGAAAUACAGGAGGAAUAGGAGUUAAUCAAAAAUUUCAGACGAACACCUUGAGAACUUACUGAUGAUGGCAAUGCCUUCCAUUCAACCAGACUGAUGCGUUGCUUUCACAAAAACAAUGUCAGAUAGCCCACACGUUCUGUGGGGUUUUUCUCUCUUUUUUUUUUUUUAUAUAUUUCUAUUAAAACAUAGGAAUGCAUUCUGUUAGUUGUAAACAUUAACUGUCCUACAUAUCUUACAUGCUGCCCAAGGCAAUUCCUCUUCACUCACUAUACCCUAGAUAAGGCAGAAGAUCGGAUCCCUGUGUCCAGAAGCUUACUUUUCUGCAGUGAAGUCGCUUAGCCUCGUGGCUGAGCCCUGUGUCCAUCAGGCUGCUGCCAUCAGAUGGCUCCAUUAGCUGAACAGCGCCAGCCUCUGUGCAGCUCAGGGAGGAGGAACACUGAGAGUGAACACAGGCUGAAUUCUGAGAGCAGCUGCUGCACAUUCUGCUUUGGCUUUGUGUGUGUGUGCCUUCUGUCUCAUUGUCUGUGAGCUCAGUGUCUGUUAGUGGCUGGCAGGCUGACCUGCUUUCCCUGCCACAUUGUGUUUUUCUUCUACUCCCUGAGUAAAUUUUCUGAUCCUUUCCAGAUAGACUUUGCAUUUUUCCCAGCCAGGUAUGGGAUCCUGUUGUGAGCUGUUUCCUGUCCAUUCUUGAUAUCAUAUCUGUCUGCAUUGUCCUGCCAGCUGUCUGAUGGUAGGGAAACAAACAUCCCAGAUGGGGUGGGAAGCCCAGUUGCUUUUGAGGUAUAAAUUGUUAAGUCUGGUUCUCUCCUUCCUCCCCUCUGCUCCAGAAGUAAUAGUUAGCUCCUGCUUUGUAGCUGGCACCCAUACUGGCGUUCUGUAUCUCUGUGUAACAUGCCUUUCUGUAACUUGAAUUCAGAAAGCUGCACAGACCCACACUGCAGCCAGGACAAAUUGCAUUUUCAUGGCAUUCCAGCCUUGCCAGCAGUUGCUCAGAGCAGAGUUUUUGAAGUAAUCAGAAGUUGCAGUGUGUGACAGAGGGCCAUUCGUAGUUUGAUUUUGCACAGCUGAACGAAUUGGAAAGGCAAAGGGUGUCCAUGGGUUUGCUUUUGAAGUACUUUUGAUGUAAUGUUAGGAGAGAAGCAGCAGCAGUGGUUAAAUAGGUGCAGAGUAAAAAUGUAUGAAAACAUGUAUAGCUUUUCAAAUGUACAUCUCUUAUAAAGUCUCUGCUUUCCAUAGAACAGAAUGGUAGCUAAUGGAGAUGGAAGGAAUGUGAAGGAAUUUUAAAAUAGUGGCUGCGGUGUAAAAUCCCUGCCCAUGUGCUCCAGGCCUGGAGCUUGUCGUCCAACUGCUGCUUAGUUGGAAACAGCAGUAGGAGGAUGAAUGUUGACCUGUUAAGGAUUUGUGGGGGAAGUUAAUGUGUAGGCUCUUCUCUUACCAAUUUUUUUUUUUCUGAAUUCCAUGUACUGCAGUGUUUGAUCCUUAAACAAUUGUCUUUCAUUUGAAGAUAUUGUAGUGCUUUGAGCCAAAUGUUAGGCCUCUUCUUAUGUUAUAAACCCAGGAGAAAUUAUUGUGACUCUCCAGACUACCUCUAUAAAGUUCACUGAGGAUUUAACGUUAUUUAUUUGCUUAUUAACACAUUUUACUUGGGUUUUUCAGAAAACUAAGAACACGGCUGGCUUGAGAAAUGGAAAGGGAUGAGUGGGAGGAAAAAAUCUUCAAAAAUUAAGAGUUUAUUUUUUGUUUAAAGAAACUAAUUUAUUUUUUUUUUAAUGAAGCGUAUCUGAUUGCUGGUUUUUAAUUAUUUCAUGGAUUCCUUUGGCAUACUUAAAAAAAACAAAACCUUUUC